GCUGUCGCUGAUUAGCGAUCUGCCCGCAGAGGAUUCUGGGAAUUCCGAUUGAAAGAAAAGAACCCCCAAUGGGUCAAGAAGAAGAAGAACAGCAGCAGGAAGGAGAAGAAGCUCCUCCACCUUCUUCCGACGCGACCUCUCAGGAACCCACCACCCAAACCAGCCCUCCUCCUCCCCCUUUCGAUCCCAGUCGAAUGAUUGGCAUCAUUAAACGAAAGGCCUUGAUAAAAGAGUUAGCUGCUGCAUACCAUGCGGAGUGCCUUGCAUACUGUCAAGAAAUUUUGGAACUUCAAAAGAAAUCAGAUGAGCCAUUUAUUGACCUGAAACCUCCAGAGGAUCUGAAGAAGGAGAUAAUGCGGCCCCCCAAGCGUCUAAAGAAACCCGCUAGACACUGAUAUUGUUGUUAGCAGCGUACUCUCGAAUAUGCACAGAAAAUUCCCUUGGAGUGUAGUUCCUAUGCAGUUCCUGACUUUCGGUUUGUUUAGGCGCAACACAAGAUACAAACAUUUAUCAUCUCUUAUGAUGUAUGUAAAUUUCGAAUGAUGCACGAAAAGUGCCCUGUUAUUUUGGAUCAUUACGGUUGCAGAAGCAGCAGUUUGUAAAAAUUGGUUAUCGUAAGGGAGCGUCCCUUGCCUAGUUGUAUGUAGGUUUUGCUUCACUUGUGGAUCAAAUGAAUGCUAUUUGUCAGAAUGUAUCUUAUUUGAGUGCA